GUAUUUCGAUUUAAUUUAUGAAAGUCCUACAUUUAAAAAAGGUUAAUGGUAUUAAAAAAACACCAGUAUUAUAAAACCCAGUAUUUUUAUUUUAUACAAGUUUUAUUUUGACAAGUUUAAAUUGUACUGAAGAAGUCACUAUGACUGAUGUACGACAUGAAGAAGACUAUGAGACCACAGCAGGAGACUCGAAACGAAAUUCAGAAUCCGAAACAGCGAAUGAUCCGUGGGCAUUGACCGAUGACGUAGGAGAUUACACGAAAUGGACGGAUAUGACCAAGCUUGAACAAUUGAAAGCAAUCUUCAAAAGCUUCAUAAAAUUUGUAUUAAUCUUGGGCUGUUUGUAUCUAUUUGUGUGCUCACUAAGUCUUUUAGGAUCAGCUUUUCAAGUGUUAGCUGGUAAAACAGCGGGUACGAUAUUCGGCAACCACAGUUUUCUUGCCAACCCUGUGACUGGCCUUAUCGUGGGUAUUCUAGUGACAGUUCUUGUGCAGAGUUCAUCCACGUCAACAUCCAUUAUAACCAGCAUGGUUGGCGCUAAUAUCUUAACUGUUCACGCUGCCAUCCCAAUAGUGAUGGGAGCAAACAUUGGCACAUCCGUCACAAACACCAUUGUGUCUCUCGCCCAAUCAGUGGACGUCAACCAGUUUCGAAAAGCAUUCGCGGGAGCAACGGUGCAUGAUAUCUUUAACCUAUUAGCGGUUAUUAUCCUUUUGCCGUUAGAGGUCGCAUCUGGGGUGCUGGAGAAGCUAACGAGGGCGAUCAUUGAAUCCAUCCCCAGUCUAAAAAAAGGGAAGAAAUCACCUGAUAUCCUUAAAGUUAAGAUCUUUACUGUUUUAGAUGCAGUGAUACGUGCAUAUAUAUAUAUAAGUCCCUUUUUAUUUUACAUACAGGUGAUCACAAAGCCUUUGACAGAUAAGAUCAUUAAAGUGAAUAAAAAGGUGAUAAAAAUAGUAGCUAAGGGAAAGUCCUUGCCUCCAGGUACAAGUAUGGUAAAGUCCGUUUGCGGUUCUCACAAAGCAAUUGUGGAGGAAUUACAAAACUUGACUGUGAGUAAUACAAGCGGACUGGUAAAUAUCACCGUCUCGAGGAAAGUCAACGUAACCAAAGAUGUUGAUAUACCAUGUCGAAGUCCAAACGAUUUCUUGUUCGCCAACACCGGCAUGUCUGAUGGAGCUGUAGGAGCAAUCCUUCUUAUCGUUUCGUUGAUCAUUCUCUGUGUUUGCCUAAUAACGAUGGUCAAGCUCCUACAAUCGAUGAUGAAAGGAAAAGUUGCCAAGAUUAUAAAGAAAGUUAUUAACACUAACUUCCCCUAUCCGUUUGGUUGGCUUACAGGGUAUCUCGCGAUUUUAGUCGGCGCUGGUCUCACCUUUGUGGUACAAAGCAGCUCCGUAUUCACAUCAACCAUCACACCUCUCGUCGGAGUUGGAGUUAUUAGUUUGAAGAGGAUGUACCCCCUGACAUUGGGAGCCAACAUUGGUACCACGACAACCAGCAUAUUAGCAGCACUCGCUCAAGAUGAAAUCGCAAAUGCUUUACAGAUUGCAUUCUGUCAUUUCUUCUUUAACAUAUUCGGGAUAAUUAUCUGGUAUCCGAUCCCGUUCAUGCGGAACAUCCCGAUUAAAGGAGCUAAAGCGCUGGGAAACACAACAGCUAAGUACAGAUGGUUCGCUGUCGUUUAUCUGAUCGUCGUCUUCUUCAUUAUUCCUGCUGUUAUUCUUGGUCUAUCCUUAGCUCACAUUUGGGCAAUGGGAGCAGUCAUGAUAUUGGUUGUUGUGAUCGUUCUUUUUAUAAUCGUGGUAAACGUGCUGCAAGUUAAGCGACCAAAGAUGUUACCACGUAAGCUACAGUCUUGGGAUUUCUUACCAGCACCAUUGCAUUCAUUGAAACCAUACGAUCGAAUAGUCAUGAGGGUUUUCUUCUGGUGUCCAUGUUGCAAGGCUCAGAAUACAAACAGGACAAGCAAUGAUGAAAAUCAAUCACAUCUCGCUCUCUCCCCAAUUGGUGCCGUAAAUCCUGUUUAUCAGUUAGAUGAUAUUCCUGCCUAAGUUUUACAAACCAGCAUUUGCUGCAUCAAAUAUUUUGUUUAUACAUGAACCUGACUGCAUGUUAUAGAAUCAAUAGAUCAAUUAAGUAGCGUACCGUUUCAACAUAACUUUAUAUUAAUGUCGCGCCUUGCUAAGCUUAUAGCUGCCAAACCUUGUAUAGCACUACUAAUUACACCUGACA